AUGCCUAAGUCCUCCUCUGAAGUUGAGUAUAGAGCAAUGGCUUCUACAAUUCGUGACGUUGUCUGGCUCACACAACUUUUGACAGAUCUUGGCUUUCCAUUGUUGCUUUCUAUUCCUCUCUUUUGUGGCAAUCAUUCUGCCCUUCAUAUUGCUUCAAAUCCUAUGUUUCAUGAGCAUACGAAGCAUAUUGAUAUUGAUUGUCACAUUGUUCGUACUAAACUCAUGGAAGGAUUGAUCAAUACUACUCAUAUCUCUACACAUGAGCAGCCUACCGAUUCAAUUAUUGAAGUGGUUAUAGUUUGUUGUAAGCAACGCAAUCUUGAUGAAGAAGAGGAUGAUGAUGGAGGUGUUUCCUCCAGAAAUAAGAAACUAUGGAAGGAAGGGGAGUUGAGGUCGUUGGUUUUCCUCAGCCUCACUGCACAAAUACUUCUAAUCGUUCUGGGCAACCGCAGGAAGUAUAUUCACGGAAAGUGGAUCAAUGCAAUUGUCUGGUCAGCCUACUUACUGGCAGAUGCUGUGGCAACUAUGGGGCUUGGCUUAAUCUUAAAUGAGAUAGGAGAUAUCUACGGGAAUGGUGGUUUUACUGAUGCCAAAAGUGAACUUACUGCAUUUUGGGCACCAUUUUUCCUGUUGCAUCUGGGAGGUCCUGAUACCAUUACAGCUUACUCGUUAGAAGAUAAUGAGUUGUACCUGCGGCACGUGUUUCAAUUAUUUGUCCAAACUCUGGUAACAAUUGUUAUCUUUCUAACAGCAUUCAAUGGAUUGGAGCUUUCAAUUCUUGCAAUCCCAUUGAUAAUUGUGGGGUUUAUCAAGUAUGGAGAAAAGACAUGGAAUCUUUGGUCAGUAAGCAGUAAUCAACUUAGAGAAUCAGUGCUCUCUUCUACUACUGCUGCUGAUUCAAAUUACUCCAAAUCUUUCGAUGAGUACCGGGUCUAUCUUGCGGAGGGCUACAAAGUGGAAAGAGACUUCAUAAUUGAUGAUCAUAUUAGAAUAGAUGUGCCUCAAUCUGGAGAAAACGUCACUUCAGUUCAAAAAAUCAUAUUAGCCCAUGUCUUAUUUCAUAAAUUAAAGUGUCUCUUCGCAGAUCUGAGCACCAGCGACGUCGACCGCCAAAUUGUUGAGGCUUUAUUAAAGCGGAUGAGUCAUCAAGGAGAUGUUUUCGAUACGAUUGCAAUCGAACUAGGAUUCAUUUAUGAUCUGCUCUACACCAAGGCAUUUGUAAUCCAUACUCGCUGGGGUCUUAUUCGCCGGGUAAUCACUACUUCUCUCACCACUCUUGUGUUGGUUGUUUUCUGUUUUGUUAACAAGAAGAAAUAUAUCAAGUUGGAUGUUUACAUAACCUUCUUGUUGCUGGGUGUAGCUAUUGUUCUAGAAUUAUCUGCUGCUGUUUUUCUACUUUUCUCCGACCAGUCUAGAAAUUGGUUCAUUGGGCCUAAGAAAAUGAAUGCCAUCUUAAAAUUCAUCAACACUUUGGAAGAAAAAGUUACACAACAACGGUGGUCGAAAUCCAUGGGACAAUGCAGUAUUACAAGCCUUUGCAUCAAAGAAAAAUCUGGCAGAAAAAUCCCGGGGCUCAAUGUGGUUAAACGUCUACUGAAAAAGCUUAGGUAUUUGGAUAAACUACUGAAAAAGCACCGGUAUAUAACGUCCUUUACACGAGUGACCGAUGAAUUGCAAGGGCUCAUCUUCAAACAUGUCAGCUUGGAACACGAUCAAUUUAAGGAGAAUAUAUUAGUAAGCGAGAAGAAACUUAAAGAAUUGGAAGAGCGGAUGUUCAACGAUGUCAAGAAGGAACAUGAGUACCUGUUCAAUGGAAUUGACGGAAGCGAGGCGAAUCUCAAAGAGUUUUUCGAGCUGACACUGAACCAUGUCAAGAAGAAUGUUGAUCAAUUUAAAGAGGACAGAGGUAAACACUACACAAAGACAAGGGGGAGCCGUGCUCUUGAAAAGCAUAAUUUGCUUAAAUUGAGUGCUGAGGUUGAGUUUGACGAAAGCAUACUUAUUUGGCACAUUGCAACAGAACUUUGCUAUUAUCAAGAUAAACAUUCACGUAUGUUGACGGAUGAUUCUAAAAUGAGCAUGGUCAUGUCAAAAUAUUUGAUGUAUCUUCUAGUUAAGUCUCCAUUCCUAUUGUCAAUAUCAGUAGGCGGUGUUGUCAGAUGUCGCGAUACUCUUUCCAAACUUGAGAAAUGUGUCAAACAACCGAGUAGUAGUACUGGAAAUCGUGGCGACCACAACGAAAAUGACAUCAGCAAUCCCGCUUGGAAAUAUAUACGUGAACUUAGCACGCAAGAGAAAGAAGGCAAAGGUAAAUCUGUUUUCUAUUAUGCAGACAAGCUAGCGUCAGAAUUAAAAGAAAUUGAAGAUAAAAAAUGGGAAAUCGUUAGAGAUGUUUGGGUGGAAAUGUUAACUUAUGCUGCAAGUCAAGGUGGACAGUAG